AAUCAAAUUAUAGUUCUAUUGGUGGUGUUUCUCCUUUUCAAAUUACCGGUGGUGCAAUUCAACCUUUUGACAAUGAAGUUAGCUUUAUCGAAAAUUUAUACCGUCAAGCAGCUGGUCAAUAUAAAUCAUUCGAUAAAGCUGCUCAUAUUGCAGGUUUUAUUACUCCUUUUGGAUUUAAGGAAUACGUACGUCAUAGAAUCCCCAUGAGACGUGUCAUUAAUGGAGCGUAUAUUUGUUAUGUGGAUCCUUUAAAUAAGACUUAUUAUUAUACUACCCUUAUUCUUGAUGAAUUUCGUUUUAAGGUUCUAAAAAAUCUUUUAAUUUAUGAAAUUGUCUCCGGAAAAGCCGCUUAUAUACACAGCGCUUUAUAUUUCUAUAUGAGCAUGUGUACUUGUGAAGAAGAUUUCAAUUUAAUGAAAGAGUAUGGUGUUAUUUCUUGGGGCUUUCCAUUGAAAGGUCUUUCAACAUGA